CCCCUGCAGGUCGGCCGGGCGGACGCUCGCGCCGACGUACGCACGCACGCACGGCGAGGGCGGGCGGGGGAGGAGGCCGAGCCCGGCGCGCCCCGCCCAGUCAGGAGGGCAGCGCGUGCCCGUGCGACCGCCAAGAUGGUGGUGGGCGCGUUCCCUAUGGCGAAGCUGAUGUACCUGGGCAUCCGGCAGGUCAGCAAGCCGCUUGCCAACCGCAUUAAGGACGCCGCCCGCCGAAGCGAGUUCUUCAAGACCUAUAUCUGCCUCCCGCCGGCUCAGCUGUACCACUGGGUGGAGAUGCGGACCAAGAUGCGCAUCAUGGGCUUCCGGGGCACAGCCAUCAAGCCGCUGAACGAGGAGGCGGCGGCCGACCUGGGCGCCGAGCUGCUGGGCGAGGCCACCAUCUUCCUGGUGGGCGGUGGCUGCCUGGUGCUGGAGUACUGGCGCCACCAGGUGCAGCAGCGGAAGAAGGACGAGGAGCAGCGCGCCGCCUGGGAUGCCCUGCAGGACGAGGUGGGCCGCCUGGCGCUGGCCGUGGAGGCGCUGCAGGCGCAGGGCUCCCCGCAGGCCGCCCUGGACGAGCUGCGCCGCCAGAUGCAGGAGGUGCGGGCCCAGCUGGGGGCCCAGGGCACGUGCCCACGCCGGGCCUAGGACAGGAACUUGGACGUGGCCUCCUCCCUGGCCGGCCAGCUCCGACCCCAUGGCUCCCUCGGGACCGUGGCCUGGCGGGUGUCACCCCUGCUGGCCUGUGCCCUCCCAUGGAGAACAGCCCGCCGCAGGGGGUGCUUGUCCCCAAGCCCCCCAGUACCGACGUUUGUGUGCCUCUCUCCACUCCUCACCCCAAACCCCGGGGCCCUGGCAGCAGGACAUCCGGCCGGAGGAACAGCGGCGCCCAGACUCGAGUCAGGUCCCUGUGGCCCCCCACGCCCUGGGGCCAGGGCUCCCUUUCGGAGCUCCCGCAGUCCCAAGGGCUCACAGGCCCAGUUUGGGGGCACCUUCUUGCCCUCGGCGUCCAGAGGUGCCCCACGGGGCCUCCCGCUUCCUCGGAGGAGACAGAAUCUGGGUUCGUCAUGGACCCACCGUGAAACCCAUACAGCGGAAUCCCCCUCCCCUUCCGGGCGUCUCUGGUACCAGCCCCUGAGGCCCGUGGCCAGGCCCCAGUAACACCUGCGUGCUCGACCUGGGCACAGAGGGGGGUACCCUGUGCACCACAGUGUGCUGGGAGCUGUGAUUCUGCCCAGAGCACCCAGCUCUGCCUCCCCCGUCCCCCCUCGCCUGGAGUGAGCCCCUGGGCCUUUCCUGAUGUCCUUCCCACAGCCCACCCCGCCCGCCCGCCCCAGCCCCCUUUCACACGGGAGCUCCACCCCCCACCACCUUCUUAGUUCUUUUCCUGCGGCUGCAGCCACAAGAGACAAGGAUUUACUCUCAGUUCCCCUCGGGUAUUCCAGAGGCCCCAACUUGGGGGGUCCUCAGGACUCUGCUCUUUGGCAGAGUCUGGGGGCGCCUGAGUCCCCCAGGUACUGGGGGCAGGGGCCUCUAGACUCUCCUCCAUCCCUGCCCAAAUCUUGGACUUUAGGGCUGCCCUCAGGCCCGACGGCACCUGCCAACCAGCCCCCAGAGACCCUUUCUUGAAUGACCUCAUGGGUGCUGGGGGUUAGGAUGUGGACGUCCCUCUGUGGGGGACCUGCUGCUUAGACCUCUACAUCCCCCAGCUCUCCCCGAGAAGGGCCACAGCCAGUGAGGAACAGGUGGGAGAAGGCCCCCAGCUUAUCCUCGGUGUAGGGGGCUGGGGGGCGGGGCCAGGAGACUGUCUCAGGGGAGGGAACAGGCCUGCAUGGAACUGGGGUGCCCCCAGCCCCCUGCGACAUGUGAAAGGGAGUGUGUUCUCGUCACCUCACUUCCCCAGGACAGUCCAAGGGGUUGUGACUUAACUUCCUGCCAGACCCAAGCCCAGAGUUUGUGCUUCUGAAACAGCAUCUUCCGCCCUCCCAGAAGGCAAGGAGGUGCCGAGGGGGUCCUGGCGGGGGUAUCUGGAGGUGACUGGGAGCAGCAGGAGAGCUGAGCCAGCAAGCACACACAGCGUGUCUUCGAGGACCGGCCAUUGCUCCCCCGGCCAGGGCUGCCCCCCCUCCCGCAUUGCAGCGGUAAAUAGUGAUCCUUAUCAAUCAUGUUUAUGUUUUUCUGACUGGUGUGAGGAAGUGAACCCGGGGCCUCGUGCAAAUCAAGUGCUCGCCGCCGAACCCUGAGGCCAGCGAUGAUGAUGACGGAGCGGAGGGCCCUACUGGGUGCUGCUUUGGUGCUGGGCACUGUUCUAAGUGUUCUAAGUGCUUCCAGGUACCCCAGAUUGUUUUCUUUCAUUUGUCACUGAGGAAACUGAGGUACCAAGAAGAAAAUCCAAAGGCCCACCAGCAGGAAGGAGAUUUCGAGGGCGGUGCUCCUGGGCCAGGGCCCACGCUCCCAGCCCCAACUCAGCACUGCAACCUGGGACUCACCUCCUGGCUGCUAGAACUCAGACUUGCCCCGUGUGUGGCCAGUGUUUGGGGAGAGAAGUGGAAUGAGGAUCCCCUCACCCAGGGCACAAAACCAUUGGGUGGUUCCAGAUGAAAGAUUUGUGACUGGGAAGAGGGGUAGAAUAAAUUUGUAAUUCAA